UUGGGGACCCUUGUAACGUACCAAGUUAAAGGAGUUGACCUCUUCAUCUCUUCGCAUUGCUCAAUUCGCCGAUUAUUAGCCCAUUAGUGGAUCCUUCGCAUUCUAUUCACUUUGCCAUAUCAAAACCAAUCCCAAUCAAUCACUCAACUGGACUUGAGAAUGUCUAAUUUCCAGUCCCUCAGAGCAACAAGGACCGCACGGCAAAAAAGUUCGGUGCAGAACAAUGCCCGAAUAGUGCAUGAAGAGGCGAUAGGUCCUGGUACGAAUGUAUCUAAGAGUCCAGAUAGACAAACCAUUGAGCAAGUCUCGUCAUCUAGGGAAAACAGCUGUGUAAGGAAUGAUAAAGAUGAUCAAGUCUUGGAAGAAGACACUCAGGAGUCUGGUUCCAUGUCAACAAUAGCCCCCACAGCACCCACAACUACAACCGAGACAACCAAGGCGAAGCAAGUGUCAGGCACCAAGAGCAAAUUAACGAAGCUAUAUGAAAAGGAGCUGAGUGGAGUUGGUAUUGAGGUCAGGGAUAUUCCCGGACGGGGAAGGGGUUUGGUAUCUACCAAGUCUUUCAAACCAGGCUCCCGUAUCAUGCGCUUACCGCCUUCUGUCUCCGUCCUUGGCACUCCCCACCUGACGACUACCUGUCAUGGCUGUUUUCUGACGCCUUCAGAAAAAGAGAUCUUUCUUGCGAGCGGGAACAUAUCUGGCAAGACUGUGAGAGUAAAACUGAGCCGGUGCAGCAAGUGUAAAACUCUACAUUACUGUUCGCGUGAAUGUCAACUGGCAGAUUGGCCGAUCCAUAAGCAAGAAUGUACGGCUUUUUCAAGGUUACGUACUAUGUACCAUAAAACCUACCCUGAUAGGGUGGAGGAUGAGGGUGAUGCGAGAUGGGCAGGGCCGGAAGGUGUCAGAGCGGUGGGGAGGUUGUGUUGGCAACGGCGAGCCAAGAUGCAGGCCGGUAAAGGUAAGGAGGAUAGGGAUGGAUGGUGGGAUAAAUUGGGCCUCAUGGAGUCUCACGUCAAACAGGCACCUGAAAAAGACAUCAUGAAACUGGCCUCGCAAGUCCAGCAUCUUGAACAUUACCUCUCUGCCUCGAAACCUCUUUUGCCUGGGGAAGACCCAGCUGUGCUACACCCGUCUGAUAUGAGUGAUUAUGGCUUUAACGGUGUUGGUGACGUUCUAAAUCUAUGUUCUGCCAUCCAGGUCAACGCGUUUACGCUCACAUCCCCCUCUCUCGCGCCUGUUGGGAUGUCCGUCUCUCCACUUUUAGCACUUGCGAACCAUUCGUGUGAACCAAAUGCUAUAGCGGUCUUCCCCAAAGGAGGGCGAGAUAUUUACUUAGUUGCGCUGAAUGAUAUUCCUCCAGGUGAAGAGAUUCUGACAUCAUAUAUCGACACUUCGACGCCAUAUCACCAUCGCCAAUCAGAGUUGCUAUCAAGGUACCACUUCGUCUGCCAUUGCUCGCUUUGUCAAAAAUCAGAAUCGACGGCAAAUGGAGGGCAAUCAUGGGUUGAUCCAAGGUGGUGUGUGAGACAUGGAGAAUGCUCGAAAGAAGGUAAAGCUGCAAUGCCGUUGGAAAAUGCGACAGGAGAAGUUGAGGUACGGUGCAUUGCAUGUAACCAAGAUUUCAAAGUAGAUGCGGAUAGAGUAAGGAAGUUGGUACGCGAGGGAAUGAGUUUUCUGGAGUCAGACGAACGGGGAACGCUAGACAAAUCAUAUGCUCUCAAAGUACUUCCCACCCUCCUCUCCCACUUACUUUCCCUUACCCCACCGUCAUCUCAUCCUACUUUCGCUUUACUCCGACUCCACUCUCUUCUCCUGAUCCCACCUUCAACAUUCUCCGAACUCAACCUGGCUAUCUCCCACCUUUCGUCAGCGUACUCGGCUUCUUGCAUCUCUCUCCCUCAGAACCACCCUAUCCAAGCUGUUAUCCUGGCCGAAUGGAGCAAACUCCUCGCGCUCGAUCGGGUUCACAAUCCAGAAGACGAAGGGCAGAAGGGAGAGGAUGAGUUAGUGAAGCGGUUAGAGAUGGCAAUAGUUGUAGGACGACGGGCAGUAAUGAGUGCGCAGAAGGGAUGGGGUGGAGAUGGUGGGGUGGUGGGUGUUGAGAUGGAAGGGUUGGUUAGGAGUUGUGAAGGAGAGUUGGGGUUGGUAAGAGCGAGGAGAAUGGGAAGGGUGUGAAGUGAGUACUGUAAUGGGGGGAUUGUGAGUGUAGAAGAUUUUAGAUGCACAAAGGACAUCGACUUCAACACUGUAUUUGAAAAUGUACACAUAUACCUCAUCACUUUUCUAAUUCUCACAACUAUGUAUUAUUAAACAACGGUUCUGAUUUUCUACU